AUGAACUCAUUUUUGAUGAUGGCCUCCAUGAGUGUGCUUGUAUUCCUCCUCCUGUCGAACUCUUUUCAUUCGCUCGUUGAUGCCAAGUCCACCUCGUCCUCCAAAUCCGACUCUUCUUCUACCGGUUCUUCUUCUUCUUCUUCUUCUUCUUCUUCUGGAAAGAAGACGGGCGAAAUCUUCCCCUUCAGAAAAUACGAGGAUUUCCAAAUUUCCGAUGGGGUUGCGGGCCAGGCAUUCGAGAACGCAGGCAAAGUAUUUGUCGAGCCAUUCGCCGGAGUGCCAUUGGAAAAGAUCACCAAGGGAGACAUGGACAACUUGCUCAAGAUGGCUCGCGCGGCCAGACAGAACGAGUUGCUCUUCAACCAAGCCUUGAAAAAAGCUAAAGGCUCUAAUAAAAGCGCUUUGGCGGCUGGUAAGAUCGCCAAUAAAGUGCUCAAGUUGGUCGGUGAAAUCCAGGUGAUCGAAUUACAAAAAAAGUUGAAUAUCAAGCAAGUUGAUGUGCCCGCAAAGCUAGCAGAACACCAAAAGAAGUUAACGAAGAACACCAAAGUGGAUCGAAGCAAUAAGGGCAAGAAGAUGGUCUCGUAUCUUUCCACCUCUUCCUCUUCCUCUUCCUCUUCCUCAGGAUCAGGAUCAGGAUCGGGAUCAGGAACGGGAUCAGGCUCCGAGAAAACGAAGAGCAAAUCGAAGAACAAGACGAAGUCGAAGACGAAGCCGAAGAAGGAAGAGAAGGAGGAGACGAAAGCCAGCCCCGAAGACUAA